AUGGUGAAGAUUUGCUGUAUUGGUGCUGGAUAUGUUGGUGGUCCAACCAUGGCAGUCAUUGCACUUAAAUGUCCAUCCAUUGAAGUGGCUGUUGUCGACAUAUCUUGUCGUGGCAAGAAUCUCUUCUUCAGCACUGAUGUUGAAAAGCAUGUCUUUAAGGCUGACAUAGUGUUUGUUUCUGUUAACACCCCGACUAAAACUCAGAGUCUCGGUACUGGCAAAGCAGCAGAUUUGACAUAUUGGGAGAGCGCGUCUCAUAUGAUUGCUGAUGUCUCAAAGUCUGACAAAAUUGUUGUUGAGAAAUCAACUGUUCCUAUCAAAACUGCUGAGGCUAUUGAGAAAAUCUUGACUCACAAUAGCAAGGGAAUCAAAUUCCAGAUUCUAUCAAACCCGGAAUUCCUUGCUGAGGGAACCGCAAUCAAAGAUCUUUUUAAUCCAGACCGUGUUCUUAUUGGAGGCAGGGAAACCCCGGAAGGCUUUACAGUUGUUCAAACUUUGAAGAGUGUUUAUGCUCAUUGGGUUCCCGAGGAGAGAAUACUAACCACAAAUCUCUGGUCUGCCGAGCUAUCUAAGCUUGCUGCUAAUGCCUUUUUGGCUCAAAGGAUUUCAUCAGUUAAUGCAAUGUCAGCACUUUGCGAAGCCACUGGUGCAAACAUUCAACAGGUGGCCUAUUCCGUCGGCACUGACUCAAGGAUCGGACCCAAGUUCCUUAACGCUAGUGUCGGUUUCAGUGGUUCCUGCUCCCAGAAGCGAUACCUGCAACAACAUCAACACAACAACAAACACAGAACUGGAAAAGAAAAAUAA